AUGCCCUCAGCAACAAGCAGACCCGUCCGCGUCGGCGGCGCCAGCGGCGGCUUCUCAGACCGCGUGCACGCAAUCACCCAACUCGCCCAGCACGGCGAAUGCGACAUCAUCGUCGGCGACUGGCUGUCCGAAAUGACAAUGACAGUACACGGCGUGGGCAAAGCGCGAAACAAGGCGCAGAAGUCCCAGGACGCGAGAUCUCUCUCGCUGGAGGAGAGGGUCAAGACGGCCAUGUUCGCAGAGAACUUCAUCGACUGCUUCGAGCCUGCGAUUCCGCACCUCUACAAGAAUAAAGUCAAACUUGCUGUUAACGCGGGAGCAUCGGAUACGGAGAUCCUGGCCGAGUGGGUGAAGAAGAAGUGCGAGGAUGCCGGGUGUCCGAUGAAAGUCGCCUGGAUCGAGGGUGACGACGUCAGCGAUAAAGUCGCGGAACUCGCUAAGCAAGGCGAGAAGUUUGAAUCCCUCGUGCAUGGGAGGAAGCUCGAGGAGUGGGGGUUUGAGCCCGUCUGCGCGCAGGCGUAUCUGGGCGGGCUGGGGAUCGCGGAGGCGCUGAGGCAGGGGGCGGACAUCGUCAUCUGCGGGCGUGUCGCCGAUGCGUCUCCGGCGAUUGGGGCUGCGGCGUGGUGGCAUGGCUGGGGUGCGGAGCAGUUUGAUGAGUUGGCUGGUGCGCUUGUUGCGGGGCAUUUGAUUGAGUGUGCGUCGUAUGUGUGUGGAGGGUAUUAUUCGGCUUUUAAGGAUUUAUUGAAGGCUGGGAAGCAUUUGAAUGUGGGGUUUCCGAUUGCGCACAUUCAUGCGAAUGGGGAGACGCUGCUGACCAAGGAGGCGAAUACGGGAGGGUGUAUUACUGUCGGUUCAGUGACUUCGCAGCUCGUCUAUGAGAUUCAGGGGCCGUUGUACUACAACUCGGAUGUCACGGCUCAGCUGGAGGGGAUUCGCAUGGAGCAGGCUGGAGAGGACCAGGUGCGCAUUACUGGAGUCAAGGGGUUGCCUCCCCCACCGACAGCAAAGGUUGGAAUCACCGCCCCAGCCGGCUACCAAGCCGAAUACCACGUCUACCUGGUGGGCCUGGACAUUGAAGAAAAAGCCAAAUACACCGAAGACCAGAUCCGCGAAGCGCUGGGCCCCGAACUGCUCAGGAAAUUCUCCCUGCUCAAAUUCCACGUCAACGGCUCGUCCCCCAUCGACGCACGCAACCAGGACCUCGCCACCGUCGACUUUCGCAUCUUCGCCCAGUCCCCCGACAGAGAUCUCCUCCGCAUGAGCAACCCGGACGGCUUCUUCCGCCGGUCAAUGGUCACCUUCCUCGAGGGCGUCCCCGGCGCAUCACUGGGCAACGACAUGCGGCAGGCAGAGGGCAAGCCCUACUACAGAUACUGGCCGGCUCUCCUACCGCAGUCUGCGAUCCUGCAGCGCGUGCAUUCCCUCUACGAUAAUAAUGCCAUAAUCGACAUCCCCACUCCCAAGAUAACCCGCCAGUAUCCUCGCCAACAACCCAGCUACGAAACAACCAACCCCGUCGACCUGUCCACCUUCGGCGAGACCGUGCGCGCACCACUCGGCUACAUCGUGCUCGGCCGCGGCGGCGACAAAGCAUCCGACUGCAACAACGGCUUCUUCGUGCGCCACGACGAGGAGUGGGACUGGCUCAGGAGUUUCCUCACGAUCCCGAAAAUCAUCGAGCUGCUGGGGCCCGAAGAGUACAAAGGGAAGCCGAUCGAUCGGUUCGAGAUCCCGGCGUUGCGCACGGUGCAUUUUUUGCUCAAGGAUCAUAUGCAGGGCGAGUAUAACGCGUGCUCGAGUUAUGAUACGCUGGGGAAGAAUUGUAUGGAGUAUCUCAGGGCGAAGACGGUGGAUUUGCCCAAGAGGUUUCUAGAUAGAGGGAGAGUGUAG